AAAAAUGAGUGCCAUAUAAGUUUUUCUUCCCCAUUUCCAUCAGCAGCUUUGUUAUUUUUCUAAUAGAACUUGGACAAGAAAAUCUACAGCGAGUUAUGCAGAUGUCCAUACAUCUGCUGAUAAUGAUGGUGCUGGUAGCUGGCAAGACUCGAGGUGAUCAGCUAUUCUCUCCUUUUGAUCAUGGGGUAAUUGGAAAAGUAUCUGAACAGUUUCUACAGGAUCUGGCAGACGAGAUAGCCACAAUGAUUUCAGAUCUAAUGCAGGGAGAAUCACUCAGUGGAAGUGACUGUAGUGGUGUGGACGCGUGUGACUACGAUAUAAACGUAGGCUCACUGAAUCGCAGUCCUAAUAUCAAUCUUAAACACGAUGGAAGCGAUGGACCUGUUGGACAGCUUGUUGUAGACGCAAGUAUUGGCGGGUCAAUUGAAGCGUCCGGAAGCUGGAGCGUGGAGAAGAAGAUAUGGUUUAAAACUUUCUCUUUAGCAGGGCAUGUGGAUAUCCUCGCUACCGAGUUCAGUCUGGAAAACCGCGUUAUUCUCGGACGCAAGUCAAACGGACAAAUUGGAUUUUCCCGUGGCCUGGACACCUGUAAAGCAAACGCAGGAUCUCUUAACAUUAAGAUCAGCGGUUCUUGGCUCAGCUGGCUACUCAACGUUCUUUCUCAGGUCUUGUCAGGCCAGGUGGAGAGUUUCUUGGAGGAAUUAGCUUGCGAGGAAGCUAACGAGGCUAUCGAUGAAGCUCUACAAAAGUUUGAAGAGACUGUGUUUAACAAGGACCUCUCGCUGAAUCUAACAUCGGGAGGAGAGUUGAAGCUGGAUUUCCAUCCCUCUCUUAUCACAGGAGGGGACGAAUGUGCUGUCAUUGUCGCACCAGUGCCAAUUGAAAUGAUCGGCCAACCGAAGCCUUCCGAAACAGUGACGCCACCGUUCAUCAACAUUCCGGCUGACGUGGACGAGAUAGAAGAAGUUGAAGAACUCAGAAGAAAGAGAGAGGUUAACCAAGACUGGUGUGACGUGGUUCCAGGCUCAAACAGCGGGGUUUCUGUUAUAGUAACAGAGAAUAUGAUCUCUAGAAUAAUCCAAAGUUUGCAUCUUUUUGAUUUGAUGAAGUUCAGUUUGAAGGAGAGUGGCAGUUUUGGCAGCAAGAGGAGGUUUGAUGUGUUUCGUGGUGGACAACACUUAAGCACGUUUAAUGUGGAACUUCCGGACGAAGUUCAGGAGUUGGCUGCCUUUACUGUAACUGAUAUGAAAAUAAGCAGUACCUCAAUACCUGAGGUUCAAAUCACUAGCAGCGGAGUUUCUACCACAGUCAACCUCAGAGCAAGAAUGAUUUUGUCCAAUGAAUCCCCACAAGUCGAGAUGAGAACGGAAUUCGAAUCCAAAGCUAAUUUUAAAGGAACCGUCAAAUUAGCUAAAAGAGAUGGACGAUACCUAUUGCUGCCACAAGUAACUGCGAAUGUUGACGUUUGGACAGGGAAAUUGUAUGUUGAAUCUGAAGAUGGUCAGGACUUCAAGGAGUUAGACGACGGCGACGAAUUGUUGGAGGUCAUUGAGCAUCUUUUAAAUGCUGCGAUAGAGGAAAGCCUGGCAAAGCUGUUGGAAGAAGAAGUGAAAGACGGCAUUCCGAUAAAUAUACCAAGCGGGUUACUGUCUAUUGGAGAGGCUGAGAUCAUUUACCAGGAAGACUACAUCCUGAUCAACGCCGAUGACAUUAGUAUCAAACUUGAGUAAUUUAGGUAAUUUAGGUUCUGGUUAAUUACCUACUUUAUUAGUUAUUUACUUAUUGUACUAUGGACAAAAGUCGAUUUUUAGACUAAAAGACACUGCAUUUAAAACAUUUGAUUACAAGGUUGAACAGUUUAGUUUCGAAUCUUAUCAGACUAGCAAUUUUUUGUUAU